CGGAGGAUUUAAAGACCGGCUCGGUUCGGUUCAGUUCGGCUCGGUUCGGUUCGGUUCAGUUCAGUUCAGUUCGGUUCGGUUCGGUUCGGCUCGGUUCGGCUCGGUUGGACCUUUCCGGUCCCGAAGCAGAGUUUGUCCCGGGAGGAGACCGUCCUGUCCGAGUGUCCUCCGGUGCUGUUCCCCGGCUGCGUCCUCGAGGCUGUCCCGGUCCCUGUCCCGGUCCCUGUCCCGGUCCCGGUCCUGGUCCCGGUCCCUGUCCCGGUCCCGGUGCGUGACCGAGUCCAGAUCUGACCAGAGGGGGCGCCGUCAUGACGGAGUUCCAGGUGAAGCUGCGGCAGCAGCACGAGGAGUCGAUGCACCACGAGCUGGAGGCGCUGCUCGCCACCGCCGACCCCACGGAGGCCGAGAUUUCCAGAAAGGACUUUGACGGAUUCAAGAAGCUCUUCCACAGAUUCCUGCAUGUCAAAGGUCCCGGGGUCGACUGGGCCAAGAUCAACCGGCCGCCCGACGACUCGAUCCAGCCCUACGAGACCAUCCGGGCCAGGGGUCUCCCCGACGACAUCGCCGCCAGCCUCAACAAGCUCGCCGUGGUCAAACUGAACGGCGGCCUGGGGACCAGCAUGGGCUGCAGGGGCCCCAAGAGCCUGAUCAGCGUCCGCAGCGAGAACACCUUCCUGGACCUGACGGUGCAGCAGAUCGAGCAUCUGAACAAAACGUUCAACGCCGACGUGCCGCUCGUCCUGAUGAACUCGUUCAACACUGACGACGACACGAAGAAGAUCCUGCAGAAGUACAAACACCACCGGGUCAAGAUCCACACCUUCAACCAGAGCAGGUAUCCGAGGAUCAAUAAAGAAUCUCUGCUGCCGAUCGCCAAGACGAUGGGGACGAGCAGCGAGUUCGCCGAGGCCUGGUACCCGCCGGGUCACGGAGACGUCUACGCCAGCUUCUCCAACUCGGGCCUUCUGGACCGACUCCUCGCCGAGGGGAAGGAGUACAUCUUCGUCUCCAACAUCGACAACCUGGGCGCCACCGUCGACCUCUUCAUCCUCAACCACCUGAUGAGUCAACCGGCCGACAAGCGCUGCGAGUUCAUCAUGGAGGUCACGGACAAGACCCGGGCCGACGUCAAGGGCGGGACCCUGAUCCAGUACGAGGAUCACCUGCGGCUGCUGGAGAUCGCUCAGGUGCCGAAGGCUCACGUGGACGAGUUCAAGUCCGUCACCAAGUUCAAGAUCUUCAACACCAACAACCUGUGGAUCUCGCUGCUCGCCGUCCGGCGCCUGCAGCAGCAGAACCAGCUGGACCUGGAGAUCAUCGUCAACCCCAAGACGCUGGACGGCGGUCUGAACGUGUUCCAGCUGGAGACGGCCGUGGGCGCCGCCAUCAAGAGCUUCAACAACGCGAUGGGCGUGAACGUCCCGCGCAGCCGCUUCCUGCCGGUGAAGACGUCGUCCGACCUGCUGCUCGUCAUGUCCAACCUGUACAGCCUGGACGCCGGCUCGCUCACCAUGAGCAAGAGGCGCGAGUUCCCCAGCACGCCGCACGUCAAGCUGGGCAGCUCCUUCACCAAGGUUCAGGAGUUUCUGUCCAGGUUUGAGAACAUCCCCGACAUGUUGGAGCUCGACCACCUCACCGUGUCCGGAGACGUGACCUUCGGCAAGAACGUGUCACUGAAGGGAACCGUCAUCAUCAUCGCCAAUCACGGCGACCGGAUCGAUAUUCCCGCCGGAGCGAUGCUGGAGAACAAGAUCGUCUCAGGAAACCUGCGGAUCCUCGACCACUGAGGCAUUCUGGGAAAAAAAAGAAAAAAAAGCCAUUGCACCUUGAAGAGAUUAUUUUCAUUCUUCUGUUCGGAGACUAACGACUAAGAAAACUGUUGCACAUUUGUUUGUGUCCAUUUCAAUGUGAGGUCAGCCCCAAAGGGUCAAAGGUCAAAAACUCAUGCGAGUUCUGAGUGCUGUCAAUAAAGACAGAAGAAAAAACAAA